AUGAGUUUGGGGGGAAUGGUACAACCGGCUGCUAUGGGACAAGUUUCCGAUGUAUCUUGUAUUUAUUGUGGAGAUGGGCAUGCAUUUGAGAGUUGUCCUUCAAAUCCUGCUUCAGUUUGUUAUGCGAGGAAUCAAAAUGCCAACAGAAAUAACCCAUAUUCGAACUCUUACAAUCCGGGGUGGAGGCAACAUCCAAACUUCUCAUGGGGGGUUCAAGGAGCUAGUUCAAGCGGAGCACCAAUGCACAUCAAGACUACAUAUCCACUGGGGUUUUCUCAAAAACAACCAAGAGCUCAACCACCUCCUCCUCAAGUGUCGCAAUCAGGCUCGUUGGAGAGUUUAAUGAAAGAAUAUAUGGCCAAGAACGAUGCUGUGAUUCAGAGCCAAGCGGCAUCCUUGAGGAACUUAGAAAUUCAAAUGGGGCAACUAGUUAAUGAGCUAAGGAAUAUACCACAAGACACCUUGCCUAGUGAUACUGAAAAUCCAAGGAGAGAUGGUAAAGAGCAAUGCAAGGCGAUCACUUUGAGGAAUGCAAUUGCUGCAGCAAUUCCUCAGCAAAACGCAACAGAGAAGCCAAUGAGCAAGCCACCUCCACCAUUUCCUCAACGUUUUCAAAAGCAGCAAAAAGAUGGUCAAUUUCGAAGAUUUUUGGAUGUUUUGAAGCAACUCCACAUCAACAUACUGUUGGUGGACGCUUUGGAACAAAUGCCUAAUUAUGUGAAGUUCUUGAAGGAUAUUUUGACAAAGAAGAGGAGACUUGGUGAAUUUGAAACGGUUGCUUUGACUGAAGGUUGUAGUGCUAUAUUGAAGAAUAAAAUUCCUCCAAAGUUGAAGGAUCCGGGCAGUUUCACAAUUCCAAUUUCUAUUGGGGGACGAGAAAAGUUGGGAAUUGGAGAAGCAAGGCCAACUACACUCACCUUGCAAUUGGCUGACCGUUCUAUGGUGCAUCCGGAGGGAAAGAUUGAAGAUGUCCUAGUACAAGUUGACAAGUUCAUUUUUCCGGUGGAUUUUAUUAUUCUUGACUAUGAGGAAGAUAGGGAUGUACCGAUCAUUUUGGGGAGACCAUUUCUUGCCACCGGGAGGACUUUGAUAGAUGUUGAAAAAGGAGAGCUCACCAUUCAAGCUAAAGACGAACAAGUCACAUUCAAAGUUUUUAAUCCUAUACGCUCUCCUAAUGAAGUUGAAGCUUGUUUGGCCAUAAGUGUUUCUAACUUCAAGUUGAUUGAAAAGAUGCAUGGAAAGUAUAGCAAUGGAGUCAAGAAAAAGGUCCCUUUUGAAGAAAUUGAGAAAGGUGGGGAGCCAUGGAUAAGUAAGGAAGAAGAACCAUCUCAUUCUUCAAAGCUACCGAGGAAAAAGAAGAAGAAAAAGAAACAUAGUAGAAAGCCUCAAUCACAAAUGUUGGAAGUUGGGAAUAGAGUUUUUUUCUCAAACUCUCUAGUGAAAUCAAGGUGUGAUGGUGUAGUAGAAUUAUAUGAUGAGCAUGUGGGAAGAGCAUUUAAGGUAACAAGGAAAGAAGCAAAGUUUGGGGGAAGCGAGGUUGAGCAAUACCAAACCUCGGUUUCCUUGAAAGAUCCUUAG